UCAAGAAACUGGAUUUGGUUCUGAGAAAGGUGUAACAAACUAUUUUUAAUGUAACAGAUCUCCUAACAGAAAUGUGAGACUGAUUUUAACACACCUCUCAGGAGCUUGAGAGAACGCUGAACAUUUUCAUCACUUGAAGGAUUAGACAGCCCUCCACAGUCUGCAGCUGUGAGGCUUCAGCGUCUGGACCAUGGCUGUCCCGUACAAAAACCAGCAUUACACUUACCUGAAGAGGGACUGCAUCAAGGACAAGACGCUGUUUGAGGAUCCAGAGUUCCCUGCCACCAAUGCAUCGCUGUUUUAUAGGAAACCACUUCCUGGUAGGGUGGAGUGGAAACGACCAGGGGAGAUAUGCAAUGAGCCUCAUCUCUUUGUGGAGGGCAUCAGCUCCCAUGACCUGAACCAGGGACUCGUGGGUAACUGCUGGUUUGUUGCUGCCUGCUCCUGUCUGGCUUUGAAGCCACACCUCUGGAAGAAGGUAAUUCCUGACCAUAACGAGCAGGAAUGGGAUCGAAAACACCCAGAGAACUAUGCUGGAAUCUUCCACUUUGAGUUCUGGGUGUUUGGACAGUGGGUGGAUGUGGUGGUGGACGACCGGCUGCCUACAAUCAACGGAGAACUCAUCUACUGUCACUCGAAAGAAAAAAACGAAUUCUGGAGUGCUCUGCUGGAGAAGGCCUACGCCAAACUCGCUGGCUGCUAUGAGUCCCUGGAAGGAGGAAACACCGGAGACGCUGUGGUGGAUUUCAGUGGAGCUGUGGUUGAAGCCAUCAAUCUGGAGACAGAAGCUCACUAUAAGGACCAGAAAAAACAAGACCAGCUGUUUGAGGAUCUACUAACAGUCUACGAUCAUGGUGGAAUCAUAAGCUGCUCCAUUAAGGCACAGCCUCAUGAAAUGGAGAACAGAAUGGCAAACGGACUGGUGAAAGGCCAUGCAUACUCAGUAACAGCAGUGAAGAAGGUGCGUAUGGGUCACGGGCUGCUGGCCUACUUUAAGAACGAAACCAUUCCUCUGAUCCGCAUGAGGAACCCCUGGGGCAAAAUUGAGUGGAAUGGAGCCUGGAGUGACAGCUCUGAGGAAUGGUCAAAGGUUGGUGAUACAGAGAGAGGCAAACUUGGCAUCACAGUAGAGGAUGAUGGGGAGUUCUGGAUGUCAUUCACAGACUGGUGCAAGUUCUUCACAGAUGCAGAUGUUUGCCGUCUCAUCAAUACAUCACUGGUUAGUGUCCAGAAGAGAUGGCAUGAGUUUGUGCACUUUGGGAGCUGGACCAAACAUGCAGAGCCACUGUUAAACCGCUGCGGUGGCUGUGCUAACCACAAGACGACAUUCCUGCAGAACCCACAGUACUUGUUCGAUAUUACAAAGGAAGUCGAUGAGGUCCUAAUCUCCUUGCAACAGAAAGACUUGAAGAUCCACAGAAAAGAAGGUCAAGGAGAAAAUCUAAGCAUUGGCUUCGGUGUCUUCAAGGUGGAACUUAACAGGAAGUAUCGGAUGCAUGACAUCCUGACUCAACAGUGUGUGGCAACGUCCACCUACAUCAAUGCUCGGACAGUGUUUAUGAGAUGCAAGCUCCUACAGGGCCGCUACGUGAUCAUCCCGACUACCUUCAGACCCCAGACGCUGGGGGAUUACAUGAUCCGAGUUUUCACUAGUGUGGACUCACAUUGCAGGGAAUUGAUUGAGGAUAAGCCAAGGGUAAGAUGCUGGAGUUCAUUCCUCGGAUAUCCACAAGCUCUGACUCAUGUCUAUGUGCACCGAGCUGAAGGGCUGCAGAACCAGGACAGUACAGGAGGUGCAGACCCCUAUGUGAUAAUUUCCUGUGAGGGCCAGUCAGUAAAAUCCAUCAUGAAGAAGGACACUUUGCAACCAGAGUUUGGAACUAGCGCCAUUUUCUACAGGAAGAAUCCCAGAAAGCCCAUAACUGUAGAGGUGUGGAACAAUAACUCAGUGAAGGAUGAGUUUAUGGGCCAAGUGGUGUUGUCCGGGUCGGUGAAGGACACAACUGACCCUCAAAAGCUAAAGCUGAGGAAGCAAGGACAAACGGAUGAGAUGCCCGGCAGCAUCAGUCUGAGGAUCAUCACUUCUACCCAGCUGACCGCCAUGUGACCUUGUCAGUGACCUAACAGAAGGCGGGAUCUUUCUCAGCGCUGAACUAUGUGGUGAACAUCUUGUGAAACUCGACAUAUGCCAUUAUCAUCAAAGAAGCAAUGCCAGUUGUGAUUCGACCUGUUUUCUACUGCUGAUGUUGAUGCUUGUGUAUGAUUACACUGAGUAGAAUUUUACACUAUUGAUUGCACAUUGUUGAAUUAUUUGCAAAGUUGACAGGUGAGCAGGGCACUAUUGGGCAGACUGAAUGUCAAUGUUAUUUUUGCCAAAAUGAUUAAACUUUUGAAUUAUGUUUAAUUCAAAUAUUUUUUGUGUAACUUACUAAAAUAUCUUUAAACUGACGUUUUACAAGUUGCUUGUAAAGAUAUAUAUAUUUUUUAUGUUACACUAUAUAUACUGUGAGUGAUAUGGCAGUAAUUUGUCAUUAAAGUCUUACUUGACCUCUAUAGUCUCUUUAAUGCAGAAAAACUUACCACAUGUACA